AUAGUGGUGUCUACGUCUGUAGUGUAUUCAAACCAAGGACCAGCUGAAAAUGAGAAGGUUGUAGUAAAUAUACACAAGAUCUGUAAACGAAAACAAAAAAAUGAAAUAGAAAUAUUUCUACUAAUCGCAUUUAAAUAGAUCGUCAUGGAUUCGGAUACUUCAACGAACUUACAACGUCUGCCCGACAUGGUAGCGCUACUACUAGAUGAUGUCGUGAAGUAUUCAGUGUCGGCUUCAGGAUUCGCGGUGUUGGUUGUCGUUUUCUUCGUGUAUUGUGUCUGUUGUCAUCGUCGAGAUGGUAGCGAACGCGAUGUCAACCGGGUGCCCUAUGAUUGCUUGUUUAUCGAUACCACAAUUCGCCACGCGAUGUCAUUGAUCACGUGGUACUGCCGUGUACGGUUGAGACGUCACAACAUGGACACCGAAAAUAGGAAGCUUCUUAAUGAGAUACACGCUUUGUGUCAGACUAAAGCAGCACAGCGCCCCCAAGAUCAGCACCCGACCCUGAUCAGUGCAUCCGUCAACACCAGUCUUGACCUAUUCUUCCGGGUCCAGAAGUACCCACCGGGAUCAGAGGUCAUUGUGACCGCAAUCAACACGUCCGACACCGUGCAGGUACUGCUGCAUCAUGGACUUCAGGUGAUUCCUUUGGAUGUUACAAGGGGUCAGCUCUCACCAGACCUUGAAGCCCUGAGGCUUCUCAUCAAUGAAAGCACGGUGGCUAUACUAGUGACGCACCUAUUUGGGCGGGUGUGUGACCUGUCGGCCGUCACCGAACUCGCCCAUGAGCAUGGGGUUCAUGUUCUUGAAGACUGUUCCCAGGCCUGCAUGGCGCCAGCCUAUUCCACGAAUCCAGAAUCUGAUCUCGUAUUCUUCAACUUUGGGGUGAUCUACCCGUGCACUGCGUUCGGUGGCGGCAUCACAAGGAUCAAGGAUAAAUAUCUCCUUGAGAAAAUGGACAAACUACAGGAAACAUAUAGCCAAGGAUCUGAAGUAGAGUAUAUCCGAAAGGCUUUUAAAUGCACCUUAACCGCAAAAGCUCUCCAGUAUCCUCGCCUUUUAUCUAUGUUUUCUUCUUUGGCCAGACUUGUUCUUGUUGAUCUCAAAAAGAUCGUCAAUGAUUCCUUAACAUCGCCCCCUACGGCUGGUCUGGUGCGUAAUAUGCGUCAGAGUCCUCCAACUUCGAUGACAUUUAUGCUUUUUCAAAGAUUAAAGCAUUUCGACUCGAAUGGCGUGGAGAGAUCUCAAGAUGUCGGGGACUAUGUUUCAGAUAGGCUUCCGCAGGUAGCAGGUCAGAUAGGCAACGACGCCCUCAUUAGAGGAUACUGGCUUUUCCCAAUCCUUGUUGAUAAUCCAGAUGAAGUCUGUCAGCGUCUCAAUCGACUUGGUAUCGCAGCUGCAAGAGGCCUUGCCCAGAUCGAGCUAAUUGUCUCCCCAAGUACAACUCCAGAUGCUCCACCAACGAAUCUAGUAGGCAUCGAUGAGACCCGAUGCCAACCUACCACGGCAUCCUUCAUCAUGGACCACAUCAUCUACCUUCCCGUCCACCGAGGCGUACCGAGACACCACCUCGAUCAAGUCUGCCUAGCUGUUGAGAUCGUCCUCAAUAAGCUUGCCAUCCUCGCCCGCUACCACGCCAGCCUUGGUUCGAGACAGAAGGAAACGCAUCAUGGUCCAUAUGGACCGAUCACACCAAGAAGGAACAAGGAAUCGUGUCGGAGGCGGAUGGUUUCGUCUAAUCGAAACGCAACUUCAAAGAUGCAGCAGGCCAUCGCAGCUAACGCCAAUAGAAACGAUUUGACAUAGCCAUGAUUCUCAAGUACCGUUCACACUUAUACCUUCCGCCAUGAUCCGAUUACGGGAAUCAGUCUCUAUAUCAAUAAAUCCUAACAUGAUGUUCCUGGUUAAAGUUCUCGUGUGAGGUUCGACUUACUGUGAAUCCUGGUGAGCUUUUCAUCUACAUUGCCGUUUGAGUUAUCAGAUCUUACACUUUUGCUAAAAUUUAAUUGGCUUUGAAGCAUAUAAAUAUAGGUGUUGACUGGUGCUAUGCUAACUGUAGGAUGCGUCGGAUAAACGCCAAUCAUGAACGAUCCCCGGAAAAAUAAUCACACAACUUCUCUGAUGUCACUUUAACUUGGAACCAUUAACAUACUGCUUGGACCUUCUCAAAGAAGAAAGGCCUUUAAUACUAAUUUCUAUUUUACUUUCGUUUACUUUCUCUUCAGAUGUUACAUGCGACUAUUCAAAAACUCAUACAACCAUUUCGAAGCUAUACAUGAAACGCAUUUUAGGGGUCGAGAAGUAGUAUGCGGUUUAUAUUAUGAGUUAUGUUCAAUCUUUGCCAUCAAAUCAGAGAAUUUCUAGAGGGAUAUUGCUUUGAAAAGACAAAUAUAAAAAUAACUAAAGAAGGCUAGUUGAUGGCACCGCAGGGUUACCAGUCAGCUAGAUUAUGGACGUCAAACAUAUCAUCAAAACCUUGAUGAUAUGAAUAGUUCCCUCUUCCAUGUCUUCCUUUUUAAGAAGUUCAUUUUGCAUUAUAAGGAAAGUAUCGAACAUCGCCUUAAAAGAGUUUACCUCGCCCUUACUGCGGCAGCCCGAACACGUACUGUGUUCGGGCUGCGUUGUGAUUCACCCCGGCUAACCAGAUCAAACCAGAUGAGCAUCGGGAAUCAAUCAAAAAUACAUAAAAUUGCACAAUUAAGGAAUCAAUACAUACUUACAACUUAAGCCGCAAUAUGGGCGGCCCUCAAAACUUCGAAAUAAUUCCCCAAAACGAAGCAAAAACGUCGGAAAAUUUUGCCGGUGUGCAUUAAAAGUCGUUUGUACAGGAAGCAAUGGAGGAUCGAUAUAGCCUUUUGACGAGGCAACGAGAUAAAUUGAUUUUUAUCUUCGUGCUAGCAGAAAACAAAAACAUUGUCUCUAUAUUUAAAUUAGUUUCUUUAUCAUCUUUUUUUUUUCGAGAGAGAUUAUGCACGUGGUGUCGCACAUUUUUUUUAAUAUGCAUAAUUGAAAACAAUUGAUACACCUUGUGAGUAAAAAGAUAAUUUGAUAGCCUAUUUUAUGUGGUUUGUAUUGACGCUUGAAAUGAUGAAGCCUAUUCUUUGCAAAUAAUUUAUUUCCUUGUAUUAUAUUAAGAAGUACUAGUAAUUUGA